UAGCAGUUGCUUCAGCGUUCUGGUGUUGCUGCACUGCAGAGCCUGUGCGGUCUUUAGACAAGAUGCCUGAGGAAACCCAGACCCAAGAAUAACUGAUGGAGGAGCAGGAGGUGGAGAUGUUCGCCCUUCAGGCAGAAAUUGCCCAGUUGAUGUCACAGAUCAUCAAAACUUUCUAUUCAAACAAAGAGAUCUUUCUGAAAGAGCUCAUUUCAAAUUCCUCGGAUGCAUUGGACAAAAUCCGGUAUGAGAGCUUGACAGAUCCCAGUAAAUUGGACUCUGGGAAAGAGCUGCAUAUUAAUCUUAUACCAAACAAACAAGAUCAAACCCUCACUAUUGUGGAUACUAAAAUUGGAAUGACCAAGGCUGACUUGAUCAAUAACCUUGGUACUAUAACCAAGUCUGGGACCAAAGCGUUCGUGGAAGCUUUGCAGGCUGGUGCUGAUAUCUCUAUAAUUGGCCAGUUUGGUGUCACCAAUCAAAAGACACAGACUGUGCCAGUCAACUCUCUUAAAUGGCAAACUGAAAACAUAAUUGAGGCUUUAGAUUUAGAAACAGAUUUGAUUUGUUAA